AUAUAAAUCUCCAAAAUAAGAUCUAAAGCGUAAAAACACUCUUCUAAAUUUAAUUAAUGAAAUGGCCGAGGUUAUUGUAUUAUUUAAUGGUUAUUCUACAAAACUUGGCAAUGAAAUAAUGAAAGCCAAUUGUUCUUGUACAUUAAUAAAGGCAUCGAAGAAUAUUAUCGUUGAUACUAUGACAGCUUGGGACCGAGAAAAAAUAAUACAAGCACUUUUUAAACAUAAUAUUACACCUGAAAAAAUUGAUUAUGUCGUAUGUACUCAUAGUCAUGCCGAUCAUAUAGGAAAUAAUAAUCUUUUCGUAAAUGCGGAACAUAUAAUUGGAACUUGUGUUCACCGUGGUGAACUAUUUUUCAAUAAAAAUUUUAAAGACGGAUAUAAAAUUUGCCCAGAAGUUAAAGUUAUAGCAACCCCUGGACAUACACCGGAUGAUGUUACAGUUUUAGUUGAAACUACAGUUUCUGGGAGAUCUACAUGUUUUGCUAUUACAGGAGAUUUAUUUGAAAAAAAGGAAGACAUAUCAGAUCCAUCGAUUUGGAAAGAGUUAGGAACUAUAGAAUUACAAAAAACUCAAUCACUUAUGCGAUCUCAUGUAGUAGAUUUGGCAAAUCUUAUAAUACCUGGACAUGGGCCCAUGUUUGCUGUUACUGAUGACAUGAGAAAAAUUAUUAGGAGUCAAAUAAUUCUAUAACAUCAUAAUGUAUAUAUGAAAAUAUACAUUUCUGUAG